UCGGUCUAAGCGAGAAGAGUAGAUGUUUUUGCUUAAGUGUGGUUGGGCAGUGUUUUAUAAUUUAUUUUAAAUAAUAAUUUACUUUUAAUAAAACUGAGAAUUAUUAAGUUUUCAAUAAAAAAAUGUCAAAUUUACCCAAAACCUAUGUUAAAGAAUUUCAUGAUGAAGAAUUGUGCAAACGUAUGGAAUAUAAUGCAAUGGGCAAAACCGGCAUGAUGGUGUCUAAAUUAUCAUUUGGCUGUGGCACUUUUAGUGAUUUUUAUGGUGAACUGGAUUUAGAUGAAGCUAUUAAAACUGUUCACAAGGCUAUUAAAACAGGUAUUAAUUACAUUGACACUGCUCCUUAUUAUGGACAAGGCCGUUCAGAGGAAGUGUUGGGUUUAGCUCUAAAAGAAAUACCAAGGCAAGCUUAUUACAUAGCGACAAAAGUUGGCCGCUACACAAAAAAAUAUGAAACUAUGUUCGAUUUUUCAGCAAAGAAGACUAGAGAAAGCAUAUAUAAAAGUUUGGAGCUAUUGGGUCUUGAUUAUAUUGAUGUUAUUCAAAUACACGAUAUUGAAUUUGCAAAAAAUCUUGAUGUUAUCGUCGAUGAAUGUUUGCCGGAAUUGGAAAAAAUUGUCCGGGAAGGCAAAGCUAAAUUUAUUGGUGUGACUGGUUAUCCAUUAGAUAUCCUAAGAAAAUGCAUUGAACGCGCUCCAGGUCGAUUUGAUAUUGUUUUAUCAUACGCGCGCAACACUCUAAUGGACGACACAUUAAACUCAUAUGUCAACUUUUUUCAAAAGGAAAAGGUAGGCCUUGUUUGCGCUGCCGGCCAUGCACUUGGUCUCCUAACGAAUGCUGGCCCACAGGCUUGGCACCCAGCUGAUGAUAAACAAAAGCAGUUAUGCCGGAAGGCGGCUAAUAUCUGUAAGGAAGCUAAUGUUGAACUUGGUAAACUGGCCAUGUAUUAUUGUAUGCAGUUUAAUGGUGCAACAACUUUCCUAACCGGUAUGCAGACACGAACAUUAUUAGACAUCAAUUUGAGCGCCUUUUACGAUGGAAUUACAAAAAAGGAACAGGAAAUCUUGCAGAUGUUAUGCAAAGAUGUUUUUACAAAGUCAACAAACUGGGAAAAUAUUGAAGUGCAACGAUACUGGACCAUUAUGAAUAAAAAUAAUUAAACUUCUAGUUUCAUUUCAAAAUAUUCUGUAGAAUAAAGAAAUAUAGAACUUAAA